AAAAAUAAAAAUCACACGGUUGAGUUGUGAUAACUGAUAAGUAGCUAGCAUGAAAAUGAGUGGAGGUGCAAGUUCUCAUAAUAUAUGUAUGUAUGAAUUAUGAUCAUAGUAUUACUUACAACAAAUUUUCAUGCUUUUCAAGACAAUCUUAAAUGCUUAGUCAUGUCAAUAAAAAAGUACUGAAACCCCGUGUCCCCUUACCUAAAUUCAUUUAUUGCAUUUUCUGCUGUCAAUUUUCAAUUUCUUCACUCUUUUCUUGUUUAUUGGUAACUAAACUCUCUCUCUCUCUCUCUCUCUCUCUCUCUCUCUCUCUCUCUCAUAUGAACUGUCACGUUAAUAUAAUGGAUGAAUUAUUAUGUAGUUUUAUUCAACAGUACUCACUCUUUCCUGCUUAUAAGAAAGAAAAUCUUAUAGUAGCAGCAUUUAAGGCAAGCUUUGCAAAAGGUGUGUUCUGAUUGGUUGGAGUUGUCUUGAAUGUUUUUUGCAAGAUUUGAAACUGUAAGAGGAAGUGGGUUUGCAUGUGAAUCUCCAGCCUUCAGCCAUGUGUCCCUCUGCAAAUAUUUCAAGAAAUGCCCAAUUACCCACCUUUUCUUUAUUUUUUUAGAGAGAGAAACAAUAGAGAGAGAGAGAGAGUUCACAGAAAAAGGGGGCGAACACCAUUAGUGCAAUGCUCAGUGAGUAGAUGAGCUUCCAUUUAUUGUCUCUUUGCUAUAUUACUAUUUCUUGAUGAAAACUCUCUGGUAAAGCAAAUUUAAUCUAGUCAAAGUUUAGGGUUUCUUUUUUUUUUCCUUUUUUUUCUAAUUUUAAUUUUUUAGUUGUUGAUGAAGAGGGUUUCUAAAUUUUAACCAAAGAUUGAGUCUUUGCUAAUUAUGGGAACCAAAUCAAGAACAAAUCUUUAGAUACACUCUAAUUUCAAGCUCAUAUUUUCAACUUCAAGAUUCAAUUUUUUAAGGUUCUUGUUUUUUUUUUUUUGUUUUUUUUGGGAGUUCAUCAAUGGAUGCUGCUGCAUUUUUGUUCUUCUUGUUUUCAUCAUUCUUGUUAGUGUUGACCACACUCCCACAAGCAAAAUCAGGAGAUGCAGAGGCUCUGUUAUCUCUAAGGGCUUCAAUUGACCCUUUGACCAAGCUUCAAUGGUCAACGGGAAGCCAUGUUUGCACCUGGCAAGGUGUCAAGCACUGCCUCAAUGGCAGAGUCACAAAGCUGGUGGUGGAGGGUUUCAACUUGACCGGCACGUUAGACGGUCAAAGCCUCAAUCUUUUGGACCAACUCCGAGUUUUGAGCUUCAAACAGAACUCGCUCUCCGGCGAAAUCCCGCCGCUCUCCGGCCUAGCGAACCUCAAAUCACUCUUCCUCAACGACAACAACUUCUCCGGCGAGAUUCCGGCCAGCCUCUCCUCCAUGCACCGCCUCAAAGUCGUCGUUUUGUCCGGUAACGGAAUUGCGGGACCCAUCCCUCCUUCGUUCGUCGGUUUGAGCAGAUUGUACAUGCUUUAUUUGCAAGACAAUCGGUUAACCGGUGCUAUCCCGCCUUUUAACCAAACUAGCUUGAGAUUCUUGAAUUUGUCGAACAAUGCACUGUCCGGAAAAAUCCCUUCGACUCCACAGUUGCUUAAGUUCAACGAAUCCUCGUUCGUUUCUAACAUCGAUUUAUGCGGCGAACAAAUUCGAAAACAGUGUCCGGAAACGGAAACGGAAACAGAAACAGGACAUCAUAAGAAAAACAAGAAAAAACUGAUAUUGAUUAUUGUUUUAAGUGUCGUUGGAUUUGUAUUGUUAUGUGUGAUUAUUAUAGCCCUCUUGAUGCUUUCGAGAAAGGCGGUUAAAAAAAAGGAUAAGGCGGUGGUGGUGGAGGAGAGGACCCCCGCUAGCGGAGUUGCUAGCGGCGGCAGUAGGGGUGGUGGUGAAGAAGAGGGGGGCGGUAAUAAACGAGGGGGGUUUUCUUGGGAUGAAGGAGGCGAAGGGCUCGGGAAAUUGGUGUUUGUGGGACCCGGUGACGAACGAAUGAAUUACAGCUUGGAGGAUCUGUUGAAGGCAUCGGCGGAAACUUUAGGGAGGGGAACUGUAGGGAGCACUUACAAGGCGGUGAUGGAGUCGGGUUAUAUCGUAACUGUGAAAAGGUUGAAAGAUGCUCGGUACCCUACGAUGGAGGAGUUUAGGCGGCAUAUUGAGAUUGUCGGUGGAUUAAGGCAUCCUAAUUUGGUUCCGCUAAGGGCUUAUUUUCAGGCGAAGGAGGAGCGCUUGCUCGUGUACGAUUAUUUCCCUAAUGGGAGCCUUUUCUCGCUCGUGCAUGGAUCAAGAACGACAGGCGGAUCGAAGCCGCUCCACUGGACAUCCUGUCUGAAAAUAGCACAGGACUUAGCCACAGGGUUGCUCUACAUCCAUCAAAACCCGGGCCUAAUGCACGGCAACCUCAAGUCCACAAACGUCCUCUUAGGGCCCGAAUUCGAGUCCUGCCUAACCGACUACGGGCUAAGCCCGUUUAGAAACCCGGACCCGCAAGAAGAAUCCAGCGGGGCCUCCUCCCUCUUCUACCGGGCACCCGAAUGCCGGGACCCACGCAGGCCGCUAACCCAACAAGCCGACGUCUACAGCUUCGGAGUCCUCCUACUCGAGCUCCUAACCGGAAAAACCCCGUUCCAAGAUUUGGUCCAGGAACACGGCCCGGAUAUACCUAAAUGGGUGAGAUCCGUCCGCGACGAGGAAACCGGGUCGAGCGACGAGCCCGUUUCGGAGGAGAAAGUCGGUGCGCUUUUGAAUAUCGCAAUGGAGUGCGUGAAUCUUUCGCCGGAGAAUCGGCCGCCGGUUAGGGAGGUUUUGAGGAUGAUCGGAGAAGCUAGGGCGGAGGGGAAUCACUUGUCUUCGAAUACUAGCAGCGAUCAUUCUCCGGGGCGGUGGUCCGAUACUGUGCAGAGUUUGCCUAGGGAGGAGCACUUGAAUAUCUGAGUAGGGAUUAUUUUUCAUAUAUUAUAUAUAUAUGUGUGUGUGUGUGUGUGUGUGUGUGUUAUUUUUUUUGCUCACUAUUAAAUCAAAUUUCAAGAUUUGAUGAUGCUAGAUCAUUGGUCAAUUAGAUGUUCAGGUAGGAGGAUGAAGUGAAGUACACUGGAUAUGUCGAAAACACGCAUCCAUGUGGGUGUGUGUGU